AUGACCGUCGUGCUGCCCGGCGACGUUGUGCCCAUCGCCUCCGGCUCCUCCAUCAAACUCGGUCCUGGUCUGCUCCCCACCCCAUCUGCCUCCUCCUCCUCCUCCCUCACCGCCAUCCGAACCGGACCGCUCGGCACGAUCUCGUCUUCAUCCGGCACCACCACCACCUCCUCCUCUGCAUACUACAUCGAAUCCUCCACGCAACGCUACAUCCCCUCGCCCUCUGAUUCGGUCAUCGCCCAGAUCACCUCGCGCAACCCCGAAUCUUACACCGCCACGCUCUUCUCCGCCCACACCGCCACGCUCCCCGCGCUCAGCUUCGAAGGUGCCACCAAACGUCACAAGCCCAACCUCAAGAUCGGCUCGCUCGUCUAUGCACGUGUCGUCUCGGCGGACCGAUUCACCGAACCUGAGUUGACGUGCGUCAAUCCGGUGACCGGGAAAAGCGAUGGGUUUGGCGAACUCAAGGUGACAGAUGAGCGCGGGGAGAGGGUCGGGUUCGCCGGACUGAUCAGGUGCUCGAUCGGUUUGUCCAGAAGGUAA